GCCGGAAGUUGGAGGCAGGACGAAACUGGCGCUGAAUGGUGGAGAUCAGAAUCUGUCACUGUACGGGUGUCUCUGCCUGUGUGAAUUAGUUCUCCGGCGAUUUCUCUGGCAGCAGCUUUUGAGUGAGCGCAUUUGUGCCGCCUAAGAAUGCCUUCUGCCAAACUCGAGAACAUUUUCCAGAAUGAACAAAAUAUUGCACGUCCGACUGCACCGCCUGCUGAGGAUUCCGUUGAACUGGACGUAGAUGAUCCUUUCAACACCUGUUAUCCCAAUUUACCGUUAAUUCGAUGCAUUGAAGAUGAUGACGCUUCUCCUGCUUCCGUUUCUGAUGUCACCGAAAUCGACGAUGAAGUCAAUUUUGAACUCAAGCGAGCGUUUGCCGUGCGAUCAUUUAUUGGUCACUGGGAUGCUGUUCUUUCAGCGGACUUCCGGAAUGACUUGAUGAUUUCUGCUGGACAGGAUAGCACGGCUCGGGUUUGGCGCAUAAGCACAGGAGAAGAAAUUCAGAGCCUGCGUGGACACAGGGAUGCCGUUACUUCUGUGUGCUUCGUACCAGUCGAAGUUCAACCUUCGAUGUCAGAACGAUACGGUUGUCAUCCGAAUCAGCAAUUGUGCUUGUCUGCAUCUCUAGAUUGCAUGUUGAACUUGUGGCUGAUUGACAGAGGAUCGAAGCCACUAGAAUCUCUCUAUACUUUCUGCGGAAUCACACGUCUUCGGUGCUUCGCUUGUUUGACGUCUGGUGAAACCUUUGCUAUUAUUGGAAACCAAGCAGGAAAUAUUGAAGCAUUCGACUUGUCCUCAUUCAGCCUUGCAUUCUCAACCAAAGCAUUUAGUGACGAAGUCGUCGCUCUAAAUAUCGAUGAACAGUCCAGAAGGCUUUUUGCGGCCAGUAAAGAAGGAAAAUUCAUGGUGUGGAACCUGGUUUGUACGACCGCAAAUGUUGGCUCUCCAUUGAAGCUGGAAAAUAUUUAUGCAUCUGAGCGCCUUCAUUCCCCAGAAAGACAAAUAAUCAAACCUUCCUGCUUGAAAUGCGCCUUUGGAUUUUCAAAACCAGAUAUUACGAAUGGGAAUGAGUUCAUCUAUAUGGACAGGGGUGUGAAUCUCAAGUCACUGGACUGCGCGACGAAUCGGAUUAUGAAGUUGAAGAAUCGAGUUGAAACCGGUUGUGUUUGUGGAGGUAUUGGUCACCAUGAAGACUACAUUUUUUGUUCUUCGUUUGAACCAGUCGAAGGAGUUUCGCACAUCCAUGUUAGAAGAAGGAGUACUCUCAGGUAUAUUACAUCUGUUGCCGAUGAUGCUGCGCGACGGAUAUCUGCCAUAGUAUGUGGUAUUGGGGAUGUAUCCUUGGGAGCUGAUAGAACAUCGUCAGUCUUCAGGAUGGUGACGGUCGGAUCUGAUCUGACAGUUUGGAAUUUCUUUAAUCCGAGAAGCCGGAAAAUGCUGAAGUGUUUGUCGAAAUGGAGUGAUGUCAUUAUUUAUCCGGAGAGAAUGUCGUGUAUGGAGAGUGAUGUUGAUGGCACUGAUGACGAUGAUUCCGAUUAUGAAUUUUUAUCGUCAUCCGAAGCUAAUUUUCCGGACGAUGCUUCUGAUUAUCUGGAGGAUUCUUCAUUCGACGAUGAAGAUCAAUGUGAAGUUGUGCAUGAACGAUUUGUGGAAGAGGAACCGUCGAAAUCCCUGUGUGUUUUUACUUCUUGGUAUUUCCUUCAGAACGGUCGACCUCUAGUGUUCUUUGAGUUGAUCAAUAUGGGUCCACUCAAGAAUGGUGAUGUUCUCAGCUGGGAGGACACGAAGCAGUUUUCCAAAGCAUUUCGACGGAGUGGGAUUCGACAAUUCAUCCACCAUUUUCCUGUCAUGCAAAAACAUUCGGAAGAUAUUCUGAAAUGGGGAGAUGAAUUGGAAUGCAUGUUGGUGAAGUUCAAUCACUCGAAGAAACAAGUUCGAUUGCUCUUGAAAUCCGGAAAUUUGCUUGCUAAGCUCCGGAAAAUUGAGGAAGAACAUGUAGCGAACGGGAGGGAAGACAAACUAUUGUGUCUUUGGAGGCCGGAGUACUGUUCUUACAUGAUAGAAAACAGCCCAGGUCAACCGUUUGGUUGUCUGAGCGCGCAUUUAAAUCUGCUGGAGAAGAACAUGAAUGCUCGUCGGGAAGAUAUCAAGAGGUUUUUGGGACCCGAUGAAAAGCUCUUGACUCUGACAGCUUUUCCGAGGCUGGGAUGUUUCCCAUUCACUGAACCCGUUUACCCGGCUACACCCGGGAAAGGAACUUGUGAGUCCUACUUUUUCCCAGACGAAGUCAUUCAAAACUUUUACCCAAGGUUUUUCACCAUCAACAAAAAUCUGAUCCAAAGACGGGGUGCGAAGCCGUCCAUCUUUGUGCCAAUUUUUCAAGACAAGGAAACACCAUCGCCGUUUGCUGAAACCUUUUUUGAUGGUUUGGGUGGUUGUGAGAAGGGAAUCGAAGAUCACAUCUUCAUGGAUGCAAUGGGGUUCGGGGCAGGUUGCUGUUGCCUCCAAAUAACGUUUCAAGCUUGCAACAUGAACGAAGCUCGUCAUUUAUACGAUCAGCUGACCAAUAUUGCGCCGCUCAUGUUGGCGUUGACGGCAGCUGCUCCGAUCUACCGAGGACUCCUGUCGACCAUUGACUGUCGAUGGCCCGUCAUCAUGCAGUCUCAUGACGACAGAUCGAUGGAAGAACUGGGAAUUGGACGAGAUCCAAAACACAUUCGUAUUACCAAAUCGAGAGCGUCUCAGGUGUCUUAUUAUCUCUCACCGGCGGGAAAACGGUUCAACGACGUUCCAUUGGAGAUUGAUGAAUGCUUCUACUCAGAUUUACGAGAAGGAGGAGUGGAUGAUCAGUUGGCGAAGCAUAUUGCACAUUUGUUCAUCAGGGACCCCUUGAUUCUUCUCCAGAAUGAAAUUAAUGACCUGGAUUCUGUGGAAGAUCUCGAACACUUUCAUAAUAUCCAUUCAAGCAAUUGGCAAACGCUGAGAUUGAAACCGCCUGAAGUUCCGAUUGAUGGCAAGUCGCCGGGUUGGCGGAUCGAAUUCCGUCCGUGUGAAAUCCAGUUCACGGAUUUUGAAAAUGCUGCGUUCACUUCGUUCAUUGUGCUCCUGACCCGAGCUAUCUUAUCACUGAGGCUGGAUUUCAUCGUACCCAUGUCAAAGGUUAAUGAAAAUAUAAGUCGAGCUGUUGGAAUGAAUGCUGCAAGAGAACAGAAGUUUUGGUUCCGUAAGAACUUCUUGCCGCAAGAGGACGAUGAAAAUUUUGCAUUGGCUCGAUCAGUUACCCGCUCAGCUUUCCACAAAUGUGUAUCGAAAGGCUGUGCUUGUGGUGAUGGCGACAAAACAUUGAUAGAGGAGGGAGAUGAACUCAUUGUCGUGCUCCCAUGUGCGGAAACGGAUGAUAUAUUUCCAGGAUUGAUCCCUUUGAUUGAAUCGUAUUUGAAUGUUGUGGAAGUUGAUGUUGAAACUUACCGGACAUUGGGAGAGUACCUGAGACUAAUUUCUCAGAGAGCUGCUGGUCAGACAUUAACCCCCGCCCAAUGGAUUCGAAAUUUUGUGAGAAGUCACCCCGCCUACAAACAAGAUUCUGUAGUUUCGGAAGAAAUCACCUAUGACCUGCUGAUGACCGUGGAUGGGUUGACUGAAGAAGAGAAUCGCGACCCGCUGUUGUUUGGGUCUACCCGUGAAACCUGCUCUGCGAGUCAUUUGCCUGCAUCCAUCAAGAAGGUCACUUCUGCUCGAUUCUUGGAUGGCGUGAACGCAUGACUUGAUGCGUUCCUCUUACCAUUUACAUUCUUCGACCAUAAAUAGAAAAUAUUUCCGUGCACUGGUUUUUGGGACUGAAUAAUCGGGAUGCAGAGUAUUCAGUUGAAUUUCACAGAAACGAUCUGAACUUCGUGCGUGCGUUUCAAGUUUUAAAACCGAAGAUGGAUUUUGUGUGUUGAUCGCUUUCUCGAUUCGGCAUGCAAUAUUUUUUUUAGUGGAUCUCUUGGUGGAGGCUAGUGAAAUUAUGCUUUAAAAUGCGUCAAUAGUACGGGUGCUGGGAACGAGAACAUUUCGAUGCUAAUUUUCGUUAGAUAAUUGUGAUUGUACCCCUAUUUUCUGUGCUAGGACUUGAGGGAAUUUCCUAAACCGCUGUACGUUUUGGGUCUGUUGUCGGCCCUGAAAGUUGAUUCUGUUAUAUAUAAGGGAAUGACUCAGUGUAAUUUUGAUGAUUCCUCCAUUCGUUUUGAAAUUCGGGAGGUUUAUUGCGCCCGAAAAUUGUGAGAAAGAUCUCCGUUAGUACGGGAGAAAGCCAAUUUUUGUAUUCACUCCACAUAAGGAGGUUCCUUCGUGCUGUGUCGAAAUUUUUCAAAAAACCAGAAGUUCAUAUGUGAUGUGUUCAAGUGAGAAUAGACGAUGAGAGAAAAAAAAAUUAUGAAUCAGGCUGAAAUGAGUAUGAAGGGCGUUGCUUGCUGUCUUUCAACGAAAAUUAUGAUACGAAAAGUGCUUGAUUCGUUCAAAAAACCGUUCGAGAAAAUUUUUAAUUCGAGUUUGUUGGAGAAAUGAUAUUUGCUCAUUUUUUUUCGGAAGGUUCAUAUUCAUUUCCAGUGCGAAAAAUGUUCCAGUUUAAUUUGCGGCUGCUGGUUUCGGUAUCAUAUUGCCAAUUAUCACCCGAAAAUGAAGUCUGCCAUUUCAAUGUAAUUUCCUUUCCUGUGUCUCAGCAUAUUCUUGGCUCGGUACUCCGCGAAUGAAUCCGGCUUGUUCUUCUUUGCGCACAUCACGUGUCCGAUUUGAUCCAAAAUGUCGAUCACCUAUUGGGAAAUGAAAUUGUCGGGUUAAAAUUG